UGGGUUUAAAAGAAAAGAACAAUAAAACAUUGAAUACCUAUUUUGUAGUACUUUGAACGUAUUUGGGGAGGCAAAGUUGCAUACCUGAAAGGGUACCAAAAACACGCUGGAACUUGGAUGACUUGGUUACCCUUCCUGUUGCUACAGCUAAUCAAGGCUCCCGCAUUUUCCUCAGAGAGGAUAAAGUGUGUAAGGCAUCUGGAAAAUGCAUUGGUGGUUUCUUGAUACAAUGACAUCUAUGUAUAGUUAAUGUUCAGAAAUAGAAUUCCCAUUUUCCCAUCUCUUAAAUAAAAUGGUCAUGAUUGCCUCUGUACAGUUAUGAGAUUUACUGAGUUUAAAAGCACUUUUAAUAGCUUCUGAGUAUGUCAUCUAUCAGUCAACUUAUUUUUGAGUUCUUCUAAAGGCGUCAGCUUAAUAUGGAAGAUGAGAAAGUAAUCAAUAUAUAGGAUAUGCAAUGUGUUACUACAUAGGUACUUUAUAUAACACAGUGUGAUCCUCUUUUUCCUCACUAAUACAGUUUCUUUAUAUAGCACACAGUGUAACCCUGCUUUAGUGGCUUUUAGUCUCUACCUAUUGAAAACACUGAGGCAGGGAAUAAUCUGUUAGUAAUCUUAUCUGAGAAAUCUAUUUUAUAAGGUUGUGCAUAAGCCCCUAGUCCCUGCCAGCCAAAUGGAAUUUCCUUGUUCUGUGUAACACACACAAUAACACUCUCAGUUUAGGAGGUAUCCUAGAUACUUUGUGACUGAUGUAACUGGUAUGAUUUGUAAUAUCUUGCUAAAAUUGACAUGAAAUGUCACAGCACUGGUAUGUUGAGUUAAAGAGCAAAUGCGUAUGAAGGUUGAAGGUAAGAAGAGAGAGAAAAGACUUAAUGAAAAUUGCACAUUGAUUUUUAUUUUUUCUUGCUUCAUUUCUGGGUGAGAAAAUUACUAUUAAAAACGUACCAGACUUUGAAUGAAUGGAAGAUGUUCUAUAGUACCUGCUGUUAAGUAUAUCAUGUUUUGCACUUUGAACACUCAUAAAGCUGAUAUGGACAAGCUCUUAGGUGCACAGAUUGGCCUUGAAGAUUUCAUAUUUGCCCACGUAAAAGGACAACGAAAAGAAGUCGAAGUUCUUAAAACUGAUGAUGUGCUUGGGCUUACCAUUACAGACAAUGGAACUGGUUGUGCAUUUAUAAAGAGAAUCAAAGAAGGUAGCCUUAUGGACCAAACCAAAAUUAUCUGCGUGGGUGACCACAUAGAGACUAUAAAUGGAAAAAAUGUGUCAGAUUGUCGGCAUUAUGAAGUUGCUAAAAUGCUAAAAGAUUUGGAGAAAGGUCAGAUGUUUAAGCUGCAGUUGAUAGAGCCUAUGAAAGCAUUUGAAAAGCUGGAACCAAGGUCCAAGGGAGGAACUCUGCAAGCAGCUAAAAUCUCCAGAGGGAGAGAAACACUUCGGCUGAGAAGCAAAGGCCCUGCUACUGUGGAAGAAAUGCCAACUGAAGUUGAAGAAAAAGCAAUUAAAAAAGUGGAUGAGCUUCUUGAAACAUACAUGGGGAUAAGAGAUAUAGAAUUAGCUGCAACAAUGGUGGAAGCUGGAAGAGACAAGAAAAACCCAGAUGAAUUUGCAGUGGCAUUGGAUGAAGCUCUUGGAGACUUUGCAUUUCCAGAUGAGUUUGUCUUUGAUGUAUGGGGAGCAAUAGGUGAUGCUAAGCAAGGACGACUGGAAUGAGAGCUGUCCCUAGUUGAAACUACAAAAUGAUUUUUAAAUAUGUACAUCAGAAUUUUAAUACUUUUAUUGAUAUGAAUCCAGGGUGCUCUGUUUAAGUGUUCAUAUCCGAGUCUUCUAAGGAAGGUUUCUAAUAGAAAUAUGAAGAUAACCCCAAAGUUCUGAGGACUGCACAUUUAAACCAAACAAUUUACAUGUACAAGUCACUGUGAGGAGUGCAUUAAGAAGCUAUAUUUAUACAGACCUUUUAUGGAAAUCAGGAAUUUUUUAUUGUACAUACACUUUGAUAUCAAUAUUCUGAAAAGUGGUAGACAUGCAACGAAGAAUUUGGAUUGGUUUAUAAACUUAGAGAAUCAUCCAGGUUGGUAAAGACCUUUAAGAUCAUCAAGUCCAAGUGUUACCCCAGGACUGCCAUCUCACCAAACCAUGUCACUAAGGGCCUCAACUUGUUGAAAGACUACCUAGCUACAUGCACAAUUCCCUGGUCUUCUGUUGUCCUUAUGUAUUCAUGUGCACAAAGAGCCGUGGAGCCAUGGUUUGGCCUGAACGUAGUCUGUUCUGUAGACAGAGCUGAGAAGAAGCUGCCCUGUUUGUAAAGAACCUGAGUUCAGGAGAAAAAUAUUCCUCUGAAACAUGAGAACUGAGGUCUUUAAAUGAAAAAACUUGCUUUCAUUUGAGUCAUAAUAAUGUCUAGUCUGGGUAUUGCUGAGAUGAGGAAAUACAGUAAAAAUGCUUAAACCAGGAAGUUGCUCUUUCAGAUGUCAUACUAUUACAAUAGGAACUGCAUAGGAAGAAACAAAUGUUCAAUUUGGGUUCUAUUCAUGUAUUUGAAUAAUACCUGUGAUCUGGCACUGAAGACUAUAGUGUAUGACGAAGUGCUUCAUUGCAUAUACUAAAUUAUUUGCUUAAAUCCUAUGGAGUUCCCCUCUCAUCUGGGUUGUUUGGUUGGUUUUUUUUCAAUGUGGCAGCAUAGGAGAGACCUGGAUGGUGUUUGGACCUGGAAGAUGUCACAAACACCCUCAGUUUGGAUGAAAACACAUGCCUAAACCCUGAAGAAUACAUUAAACUAAUCUGAGAUGUUAGGGUUUCCAAUUAUUUUGUACAUGAAUUUUUAUUUUAACUGAUAAUACAUUACUAGUAAAUCUCUGAUUAUUGAAAAUUAAAUUGAAAUUGAAUGCGGGGCCUGACCUGGGAAGGUGACAUAGCUUUUUAGUAUUUUUUUAUUUGCACAAACAUAUGAAAUAAUAGGUAUUACAAAUUUUUUUCUAAAUCACUACCUAGUUACUUCUGAGUAAAUGCCUUUCACUGUCUUGCAGAGAUCUCUUUGAAAUAAAGAUUAUGCCAAUAAUUUUA